GUCCCCUCCCCCCGCCCGCCUUUCUUCGUGGUCGAGAUGCGGUAUAACGAGAAGGAGCUCCAGGCGCUGUCCCGGCAGCCCGCAGAGAAGGCGGCGGAGAUCGGGAUGCGGGUCCCCAAAAAGGGCAGCGUGGUGAAACGGAGACUGGUGAAGCUGGUGGUGAAUUUCCUCUUUUAUUUCCGGACAGAUGAAGCAGAGCCCAUUGGAGCCCUGCUUCUGGAACAUUGCCGGAUUACCAAGGAAGAGCCAAGUGGCUUCUCUAUCAGUUUCAUUGAGGAACCCGACAGGAAGUACUACUUUGAGUGCAGCAGUGAGGAGCAAUGUCAGGAGUGGAUUGAUGCCCUGAGAAGAGCGAGCUAUGAGUUCAUGCGGAGAAGCCUCAUCUUUUAUAGGAAUGAGAUCCGGAAGAUGACGGGAAAGGACCCCCUGGAGCAGUACGGCAUCUCUGAGGAGGCCAGGUUCCAGCUGAACGCUCCCCAGGCAUGAGCAUCUCUGCUAAGGAGGAAGUCCACCUUGUCUGCUCCCUGCUAGCACUCACCCCAGUGACUAUGGGAGGAGGGGAAGGGGGGAGGGGAAGAAAGGAUUUUUCAGACCUCAGGUCUUCUGCAGCAGCAACCCUCAUCCUAGGACUGGCGGGGGAUGCCUGGGUCAUUUCAGCCCAGUCUGGGCCCAGCAGGAGGAAGGCCUUUUCCCUCCCCGAUUCCUCUCCUUCCCUGGCCCCAGAGGCUGUGAGCCUGCUAUGUGGCCUUGGACAAGUCACUUCCUUAGCUACAAAAGCGGGCAGACAGGUCUUGUGAGAUCCCAUGCCAGGUGGGCCAGAGGCGAGAGGAAAAGGUAGAAUAGGGCUGGCAAAAGGCUCUUGGGACACUGGGGGCCACCCUCCAACCUGAGAGCUGGGCUCUCCUCUGAGGUCUGUCAAGUCUCCUCCAACAUUGUGGGGGCAGCUGAAACCCAAAAGGGGUGCCAUGAUGUUGGCCCCAGGAUCCCUAAGCUAAGAGGGUGCUUGGGGAAGCAGGGUGAAGGUGGCCUUGAGCCAAGGGUGCAUGUCUCUGCCCAGGUUGUUUUGGCAGUAGAGGCUCUGGAUUUCUGCCUCCCUGUCUACUUGAAUGUAUGCUACUAGAUGAUGCUGUGAAUGGGGUGGCAAGCCCCAUGUGAUGCUUGUAUUCUCCCUUUGGGUGCUCUCCACCACCUGCAAACUUUCCUUUCCAUUUCUGCUUCGGUUCCCUCAGGGAAGUGGUUCUCCAGGUACUGUGCUAGGAAGGUUCUUGUGAAUUUGGAAUAAAUGUCUUUUUUUCCAAGAUGCCUUUAUAACACUCCUCUGUAGUUAGAAGAAAGGCCGGCUUGGGCCCCGUCCCUCCCAGGGCCCCAAGAGCAACCACAGAGAAUCCAGUUUCACACUCCCUGGACAGAAAGCAGACUCUCAGUCAAGUGAGAGCAGACUUCCAAAAACACUGGCUAGUCUUCCCUCCAUCCCAGACCAGAAAUGCCCAUCUGUCUCAGGAGGACCUUGGACAGAGCAGGGGCAGUGGCUGGAAGACCUGAAGGCGGGAAAUGAGAAGGCAACAGGUCAGCCUUCCCCAGUGAGGGAAGCUCAUGAGGCCAUUAGGGAUCUCCCUCAAAUCUCAGUGCAGGCAGACCGGCUUCCUGCUUUACUUCUCAGGCUCCAUUUCCAUUUCCUUUAGGGAGGAGUUGGGAUGGGCUCUAGGAAGCUGCUGGAUUCCCAUCCUACCAAAGGCAAUGGACCCAAUGGCUGAAAGUGAGCCCCAAGUAUGACUUCCCCAUCAGUGACAGGUUCAGAGAACGCGAGAGUAUUGUGUAAGAGAGAAAAAUACAGUCAGGGUUCCAUCUACAUGUUUAAUUUUAAGGCAGCUUUAUUGGGGUUAAGGAGGAAGGGGAAAAUAUCGCCUAGGUGAGGAUUAAAAAAAAAGGCUGCCAGGUAAGCCCUGGGUUUGGAUGCGUGUGUGUGUGCACAUGUGUGAGAUGGCGUGAUCCAAUCACAUUAGAGCACCCAGUUUUUAUUUAUCUGGAGUGGUGAGAGGGUUGGAGAGAGGGGAAAGGUCCCAUGUGGUCUUCUCAAGUAUGGACAUUAUAACAUAGGGAUCUGUGAUAAGAAAAUGAGCCAUCACAUUCCUAUCAUCUAAUUUUGAUACUGAAUUAAAGUUCCCAUUAAAAACAGAUACAAGUGAAAAUAAAUAUUUUAUUUUGAGUCUAGAGGUGGAAAUGGAGAAUGUUAGGGAUUUCCCAUGGGAAAGGAUGCUUAAACAAACAGGCUGAAGAGGGAAGCAAAAUAGUGAUACAUUUAAAAUAGAUUUUUAAUAUAAAGGCAAAACUUAAAAGCGUCUUCUCAAUUACAAAUUAAGAUCAACAUGAGGAACUGAAACAGAAGGGAAAAAUCUUUUAAAUUCUGAACUGUGAAGAAUUAAUUACAAACAUGAAAGGGGAAAAAGGAUCAGGAUUAACUACUUCCUACUAAAAAUGAACGGAAUGACAAUGUAUGACAUAAAUUAAGGGAAACAAUUUGAAUUUUAAAUAAGUCACAAAUUCAUAGGCUAAAGCAUAAACUAAUUACUAUUGACUAGGAAACAUCCCAUAGCACAUGUCCUAAGCAAGACGUGGGGAGUGUGUGUGUGUGGGGAGGUGUUUUUCAUCCAUUCUGGGAAAGGGAUUGGUUUAGUUAACUUCAAAGUUUCACAAAUCAAUUCCCAAACAAUGUAAUUUCAUGACCCGUUUCAUUUCCUUUAACAAUCCUCUGCUCUUCGAUAGCUCUAAAUCCCAUAUCUAAAAACCAACUGGAAAGAACAAAGACCAAAGUGUUUUCAUAAAACCAAAACUUGACCAUUUAGCUAAAGGGACUUCAAACCCCUAAUUCUCUCAUGAGCUAAUAAAGAUAUUUUUCCCUUCCCCUGUUCUUAUAAAGCACCUUUUUGAAAGGCUGAUCUCAGUGAAGCAAAUAGAUGUGCCUUAGAGUCACAGGGCAACCUGAAGGGAUAAUAAUGUUCAAUAUAUCUUAAUUAUUUGUCAGCAUUUAAAGUAA